CCCUUGCGUCCAGUUGGAAAACCGAGCAGCGCCAGCAGCACAGUAGUAGCAGCUAGAAGUCCUGGGACAGUUGUAGUCUAAACUAGCCUUCCAGAGAAUUGCAAUGGUUUAUAAUCUUUUGCCAUGUCUGAAAUGCUGAUGAAAGAUCUAGAAGAGAUUUCUCUCGGGCCUGUUAAGAUGGACGAGCAGAAGGAAGAUGGACGGAGUUUUCUCCUGGUGGACGAAAACGAAAGCUUGCAGGUGAAGAACGAAGCAGAGUUUUUGCAGAAGUUGGGCUGCAGUGCUGCUCAAGGAGUCAAAGUGCUCUCCAUCUUCGGUAACACGGGCGACGGCAAGUCCCACACUCUCAAUCACGUGCUUUUCAGUGGUGAGGAGGUGUUCCUCACGUCCCCUUCUCCGUCCUCAUGCACGGUGGGCGUGUGGGCCGCUUACGAGCCGCGUCUGAACCUGAUCGUGCUGGACACGGAGGGCCUGCUCGGUGCCGCCAGUCAGCAGAACCGGCGGAUGCGUCUGCUGCUGAAGGUCCUGGCCGUGUCAGACGUGGCCAUCUACCGCACGCGGGCCGAGAGGCUGCACAACGACAUGUUCCAGUUCCUCGGCAGCGCGUCGGCUGCUUACCUGAAGCACUUCACACCUGAGCUCCGCGCUCUGUCUAACCGCUGCGGGCUGGACGUGCCUCUCUCUAGCCUGGGACCUGCUGUUAUAGUUUUCCAGGAGACUGUUCGCACGCUUCUGCUAGGCCAGGAUGCCUCUGUCCUGGGACAAGCAGACACACUUCUGCAAAAGCGCUUCCAUGACUUGGGCCAGAGCACAGACGCCUUCAGCUCUGUUCAGUACGUGGGCACCCAAACCAUCACCCCCCCCACAGACUACUCCCAGUUACUGCAGAUAGUCAAUCAGCAGGUGAACAACACAUCCCAGAGAGCCCCGCGCCAGCCGGCCAUCGUGUUCAGUGCAUUGCAGGCUUUGAGCAACAGGUUCUGUGGAGAGAUCUCAGAUGACAAAAUCAGCAUAUUCUCCUUCUUUCCUGAUGAAUAUUUCACUUGCCCAUCAGUCUGUCUCAGCUGCAAUGUUCGGUGUAAGAAUGGCAUGAACCACCAGAAAGACGGGGUCUCACACAUGGCCGAUGGAUUAUGCCAGUAUGCCCACCAAUACAACAAUAAAGUUAUCAUUUGUAAGAGGUGCUAUGAGAGUGGAAAAGAAGUGAUUGUCAUGCCGAAAACAUCUGCCUCCACAGAUAACCAAUGGCUGGGUUUGGCCAAGUAUGCAUGGUCAGGCUAUGUUUUAGAGUGUGCCAGCUGUGGCAUCAUCUACCGCAGUAGACAGUACUGGAUGGGCAACCAGGAUCCAGAGAGCAGUGUGGUGCGGCCAGAGGUCAAGCAUGUCUGGCAGGGGACAGAUGCCUUCCAGACAGACCAUCAGAAUGCAGCUCAGCGGGUUUUGGAUGGAAUGAAUUACAUAAUCCAGUCAGUGACCGAAUACAGCUCAGGCCCAACUAAAGCCGUCACUGCCUGGCUCACAGACCGGGUGGCUCCACCCUACUGGAAACCCAACUCUGAAAUCAUUGAAUGUCUUGGCUGUAAAAGAGCGUUUGAGGAGGCGGAGAGGAAACACCACUGUCGGGCAUGUGGGGAGGGUUUCUGUCAGGCCUGCUCCACUCACAGCAUGCUAGUGCCCGAGAGGGGCUGGGGCGGGACCCCUGUACGGGUGUGUGAUGCCUGUUACCGGCAGGGAGGACCCCAGCAAACUGGACAGGUGGCUGUUACAGAGCCCCGGACACUAGUCGCCCGCAGAGUGACAGAAGUAGCUCAGUCCACUCUGGAUAUGGUCUCCAAUGCAGUGGACUUCCCCCUGGGUUUCGUGAAGGGAGUUGCAAGACCAGACUAUUGGAUCCCAGACCAUGAGAUCACCCAGUGUCACAGCUGUACUAAACCCUUCACCCCCAGCAUGUCCAAGCACCACUGCCGGGCAUGUGGUCAGGGGGUGUGCGGGAACUGCUCGAUGAAGACCAGGCCAGUGCCCUCUCGUGGCUGGGACCACCCUGUGCGAGUGUGUGAUGGCUGCGCUGACAGCAGGGAUUCCCUGUGACCUUGCUGUGCCUCUGUAGUGCCACUCCAGUACAUCUUACUGCUAGGUGCUGGUUGUAGCCAGUUUCAUCCUUAGGCAGUGUAAUCGGGUCUGAGAGGAAGAAGAAACACUGCAGCUGCACAGACAAACACUCAGGCUUUUCAAAGCAUUAGAGAGUGAUGAUAUCUGGGUUAUAUUUCAUCUCAAAAUCAAAAGAGAAAAAUGUUAAAUGAUAUGUUGCGUAAUUAAUAUAUUUUUUUGUGUGUGUGUAUAUAUAUAUAUAUAUAUAUAUAUAUUAGUGCUGUCAAACCGUGAUUAAUCACAUCCAAAAGAAAAGUUUUUAUUUACAUAAUAUAUCUCUGUGUACUGCAUAUAUUUAUUAUGUAUAUAUAAAUACACACACAUACUUUGAAAUAUUUUGAAAAUAUUAACGUGUAUUUACAUAUGCAUGUAUAUAUUUAUAUUUUUCUAAUUUAUAUUAUAUACAAAUAUAUAAUAUAUAAACGUUACAUAUUUUUCUUAAUUCUAUGCAUGCAUAGGUGUGUAUUUAUAUAUACAUAAUAUACACAUUACCCACACAUACUAUGUAAACAAAAACUUUAAUUUUGGAUUGCAAUUAAUAAUUUGACAGCACAAAAUGUUAUAUAUAUAUAUAUAUAUAUAUAUAUAUAUAUAUAUAUAUAUAUAUAUAUAUAUAUAUAUAUAUAUAUAUAUAUAUAUAUAUAAAUUUUGACUUUGGGAUGAAUAAACAACCCAGACAUGUUCUAUUCUUUUUGAGAUUUGCUACAGAAAUGAGAAAAAUAGAGGAAAAUAGAAAAUACUAAUUAUAAUAUUUGAAUAGAUUUUGAUGGAUUCUAGCUAUUGACUAUUGUGCUGGCACUGAAACUAAUUGCCUUCUAAAAGUGCAUUUCUGUAAAUAAUUUGUUGAUUAAACAUGAUGUUUCUGUCCCAAAGAUGAGAUGUAACCUCCAUAACAGACUAAAAACACAGAGCAAGAGCAGUAAAUAUAUUAACAUAUCUAAUACACAGUACAUUAUCACUUAGAGAUACAUAGGUUCUCUGAUAUUUGCAGCUUUACCUAUAUUGGUAUAGUUUUAUAUUUUAUUCCAGGAACAGAGUAUCAGAAGUAGACAAGUUAAGCCUAGAAUUAACAUUCCAGUUCAGUCCAGUUCAAUGCAGUUUAUCUUGUCAGUUCAUAUCGCAUUGUAUUUUUUUCUCAGCAUUGUUCUUUUCUGAAACAAUGACUGCACUUUAUCUAAUAUUUCCUGUUGUGGUCGACUUUCUUUAGGUGAGAGCCAUAUAAUCUAAUACAUAAGAUGCAAACUGUACAUAUAUAAUGAAAUUGGAAUUGUUCUGCAGCAUUAACAGUGCCUAAUGGAUCUCAACCGCUGUCUUGCAUAUAAUGGGAUGAUUUCACAGUGUGGGUGUCUGACAUUUAAUACAGGCUUCCGCUAAACUCAAUGCAGAUGAUGAAUGUUGAGCCAUCACAGCAGGAUCCCUCUCUGGUUUCCUAGCAUGUGUACCGCUUAGAAAAUGGCUUGUACAAGGCACUUUAUUCAUAUUUGAUUCAAAAGAAUCCAUGUGGAAUUUCUUAAAGGGAUAAUUCACAUAAAAAUAAAAAUCUGGAAGUCAAUGGCUA